AUGUCGACAUUCGAACCCGUUCGCAGCCUCCUCAACCCAAAGUUUGAGGGAUACAAGCUCGCCCCGUUGGAUCAGGAGCACAUCGUAUCCCGCUACCCCCUCCAGUACAAGCCGUCUCAAAGCAACGUCUCCGGUCGAUCACUUGUCUCCUUCCAGGAGGUGCAGAGUCGCAUUUCGCACAAUCACCUUACCAUAUCUCCGAGUGGGAGUGCAGUAUAUGUUGAUGCGGACCUAAGGGUCGUUUCUGUUCAGCUCGACAAGGCCUCGCUCGAGCCGUCAACGAGCGUGCUCUACGAGCUACCCAAGUCAAUACAAUCACCCGGCUCAGACGCUCCGCAGCGCGAGUAUCCCUCCGCUGCGUUCCUCUCCGCCACCUCCCUCUUCGUCUCAGACGGAUAUGGAUACCUAUAUGCGCUUCAGGUUUCAGAGCAAGGACCCGCUGAACUUCUCGGGACGUAUGAACUAUCCAUCCCACCACAAUACGGCUCUUCCAAGGACAUCGUUCCUUGCAGGGCCCACCAGGCUGUGCAAACGUCGCCAGAGAGCGCCAUAGUAAUCCUAUCAUCCAAGCAUUACCCAAAGAACUCUCUCUCGUCCAGCGAGCAGUCGAAGACUAAGCAUAGCGCCGUCGAAUUUGACAUCUGGGCCGUGCGAUUCAGCCUUCCACUGCCGGCACCAGAGCCACAGCCGCGUCCUCUGGACAUUGUAUGGCAUCGCCGGGGGACAGACGUGCCUGCGUAUACAGCAUUCGACAACACGCAUCAGGCCUUCCUGCUUGUGAGCGGCUCAGCGUACCGCUCACUGGACACCCCACCGGCGCCGGAGUACACGCCCUCUCCGGACGAGCUCGCCCCGAUCCCCCGUGCAGAGGAGAACCUAGAUAACGGAGAAAAUGCACCGAAGAAGCCUCCUCCGUACUCUUGGACACAGACCUCCGACUCCGUGACCAUCGCCAUCCCGCUCCCGUCCUCCACGCGCAAAGACAGCAUCAAGGUCGCGUUCUCCCCACGCACGCUUACCGUGCUCAUCCGCGACGACGCUAUGGAUGUUGACGGUGCCGGUGCACCUGCGGUGAAGCCGCCUCGGUUCGAUAUGAAAGCGCUCUGGGAUGCGAUCCAGCCAGCGACGAGCCUCUGGACCUGGGACCGCCAGGCGGAGCACACGUACGGCGUGCUCACGCUGCACCUCGAAAAGGCGCACGAGGGCACGCGGUGGUCUCAGGUCUUCGCCGCCGCGGGUUCGCGCGAAGCAUCCGCAACGGCAUCCGACGAGGACGCCGAAGUCCCAGAGACACUCGACCCGUCCGAGCUGUGGGCGAUCCGCGAGGCUUUGGAGAAGUACACUGCUGCAAUGCAGGGAGAAGACAUCAGUGGACUCGGGCUAGGAACGGGGGUCCCGAGCUUAGCGAAGGAGGAAAUGGACGACGAGCUCGAUCUGGGCGUCGGCCGUACUGUCUGUGUGACGUGGGUGCACGCGGAUGGAUCUCGCCCUCCCUAUGCGCAUGGGGACGAUGCGCCUACUCACCUGCUAUCGACACCGUUCCCUGGCGCACAUGCCGGACGGCCGUCUCUUGUACUCAAGAAUGGCGUAGACGGACUUUUGUAUGAGCUGUCCGCUGGAAGCGAAGCGAACGACAAACCUGCCUGGAUACAUACCUCGACGUACUCUGCGCUUGCGUUCGUGUUGGCAUCGAAGCGAGAUACGCGCUUUACGCACCACGUCUCGUCGAAAGCCGUACUGGCAUUCGAGAGCGGGUCACGGGACAUCGGCGGGAACGUCUACAUCUACCGAGGCGCAUCAACGCAGGAGAAGUGGGCGAAGCAAGCUGUAGUCAAGGUUGGUGGCGGAGGAGCCGGAUCUCUGCUGGGGGUCGGUCUGAUUGAGGCGGGGAGCAAAAGUGCCAUGGUGUGCCUGUGCGAAGGAGAGCUGAUUGUGUUGCGCGACGUACUGUGA